AUGACAUCAUCUUCGUCGGUUAAUAGUCGACAUCAUCGUCAGUUAGAUACAAGUCUUGAACGACAAGCUCGUUUAGCUGCUGCGAAUGCGGUUGCUACUUGUUUUUCUUCUCCGUUACGUCGACAACGUUCUGCAUCGCUAAAUACCAGUUUUGACCAAACUCGCUGGAUAAUUGUCAUGCCAACGCUCGAGGUGAUGUAUCUUCCUUUUGCUUACUAUGCAUAUAUGUAUAUAAUUCCGCCUCCUUACUAUUUCUGUUCAUCAAUGAGCACAGCACGAAAGAAGAGAUAA